AUGGAAGAAAUCCUGAGGAAGCUGCAGAAGGAAGCGUCGGGGAGCAAAUACAAGGCGAUCAAGGAGAGUUGCACCUGGGCCAGCGAAACAUUAGAAUCUUUAGAUGCUACUACCAAGAUCCCUCCUUAUCAGUUAAGGGAGAAGUGCCUCCUUCCGCUGCAACUUGCUUUGGAGAGCAAGAAUAUGAAACUGGCACAGCAAGCUCUAGCAGGGAUGCAGAAGCUGCUGUCUGAUGAGCGAUUUGUAUCCAUGGAAACUGACUCUGAUGACAAGCAGUUGCUUAAUCAAAUGCUGAAUGCAGUUAGAGUGACUCCAUCUCUCAAUGAAGACCUGCAGGUAGAAGUGAUGAAGGUACUGCUCUGCAUAACAUACACUCCAACAUUUGUGUUGAACGGAAGUUCAGUACUUAAGAUUGCUGAAGUUUGUAUUGAAACUUAUAUUUCCAGUUAUCACCAGCGGAGUAUUAAUACAGCUGUACGGGCAACCCUCAGCCAGAUGUUGAGUGAUUUGAUUUUACAAUUACGACAAAAGCAAGAAAAUACAAUGACUGAAAGCCAAGGAAUUCUUCAAGAUUUCAAGAAUUCAGAUUCCACCACUGAGUCAUUCUGUGAUGAUGUUGUCUCUGUCUUCAUGGUCCUCUGUGAAAAACUUCAGACAGCCAUCAGUGAGAAUCAGCAGUUGCAGCUUCUCUACCUGGAAUGCAUUCUUUCUAUGCUGAAUAGCUUCUCUGCUAGCAUGCAUCACCAUAAAGGAUUUACUGACCUCAUCUGGAAGCAGCUGUGUCCAGCCCUGAUAGUCAUCUUGGGCAAUCCGGUUCAUGACAAAACUAUCACAUCUGCUCACAGCCAUACUGGUCAUGAAGUCGAUUCUCCUUCUUCCGGAGUCUCUGACCACGGACGAGGCUCCGGCUGCUCUACAACUGCCCCUGCCCUUAGUAGUCCUGUUGCACGGACUAUCUAUUACAUUGCAGCAGAGCUGGUUCGGUUAGUGGGCUCACUAGAGUCUAUGAAGCCUGUUCUACAAUCUCUCUACCAUCGGAUGCUUCUGUAUCCCCCACCCCAACACAGAGUAGAAGCUAUCAAGAUCAUGAAAGAGAUACUUGGAAGCCCCCAGCGGCUUUGUGAUUUAGCAGGUCCCUGCUCCACAGAACCAGAAUCAAGAAAAAGAUCCAUUUCAAAAAGAAAGUACCACCUGGACCUCCUUAAACUAAUCUUGGAUGGUAUGACUGAAGCCUGCGUAAAAGGUGGUAUUGAAGCCUGUUAUGCCUCGGUGUCCUGUGUCUGUGCCUUGCUUGGGACUCUGGAUGAGCUAAGUCAAGGAAAGGGUCUUGAUCAGGAGCAAGUCCAUCUGCUUCUCCGACGGUUAGGCGAGUUAAAAGAGGGGGCCGAGACCAGCAGAGAUUCCAUGGAGAUCAACGAUGCUGAUUUUAGGUGGCAAAGACGUAUCCUAUCAUUGGAACAUGCCCCCUGGGAGGCAGGCCACGAAAAGAGUCCUGACAUUAGUAUUAGUGUUACCACAGAUACUGGUCAGACCACCCUUGAAGGAGAUAUGGGACAGACGACACCAGAUGAUCAUUCUGAAAUUCGUAAGAAUUCUUUGCAAUCCCCAGCUGGACCAGUAGGCAAAGAAAUUCAUUAUAAAGAGCCAGAAUCAGAAACAGUUGACCAGCCGGAUGUAGUUCAACGGAGCCAUAACGUUGUCUAUCCAGAUAUAACUAAUUUCCUUUCUGUUGAUUGCAAGGCCCGUUCGUGUGGAUCUAGAUACAGCGAGAGUAAUUUCAGUGUUGAAGACCAGGAUCUUUCCAGAACUGAAUUUGAUUCAUGUGACCAAUAUUCUAUGGCAGCAGAAAAGGAUUCUGGAAGAUCAGAUGUGUCAGAUAUAGGUUCAGAUAACUGUUCUUUAGCUGAUGAAGAACAGACGCCACGAGAUUGUCCCGGUCACAAGUCUUUACGAACUGCUGCCCUUUCCUUGAAGCUACUUAGAAACCAGGAAGCGGAUCAGCAGAGUGCCAGACUGUUUAUUCAGGCUCUUGAAACUCUCCUUCCUCAUCUUAUAGCACUUUCUACAGUAGAAGAGGUGGAUUUGGCUCUCCAGAAGUUUUCUUCAACUUUUUGUUCAGGUAUGAUGCAUUCUCCAGGAAUUGAAGGGAAUGCCAGCUUUAACUUCCAAAACCUGAUGAACGCAGAUAGCCUCUAUGCAAUCUCUCACUACACACUCCUGCUCAACCUGAAGAUGUCAAAUGCAGAAUACUAUCGGAAGAAACCAGCUCAGUCCCCUGUAUUACUGAAGGAAUUCAUGAAACAGGUCCAAUCCAGUGGAGUAUUGAUGGUAUUUUCUCAGGCCUGGGUUGAAGAACUUUACCAUCAAGUAUUGGAGAGAAAUCUUCUUGGGGAAGCUGGUUAUUGGGGAAAUCCCGAAGAGCAUAGCCUUCCACUCAUCACCAUGCUGACAGACAUCGACGGCUUGGGAAGCAGUGCAAUAGGCGGGCAACUGAUGGCUUCGGCUUCCAAACAAUCUCCUCUAUCCCAGACUUGGAAACCAGACGAUGCGUUGAUGGCAGGCGUUGCUUUUGCACGACACCUUCUAAUUGGUUGCUGGAAGAAUUUGAUUGAUACCUUAUCAACACCUCUGACUGGCCGCAUGGCAGGGAGCUCCAAAGGAUUAGCAUUCAUUCUUGGGGCUGAAGGCAUCAAGGAGCAGAAUCAAAAGGAGAAAGAUGCCAUCUGCAUGAGUCUAGAUGGACUAAGGAAAGCAGCUCGGCUCAGUUGUGCUUUAGGUGUUGCCGCUAAUUGUGCAUCGGCCCUUGCUCAGAUGGCAGCUGCCUCGUGUGUUCAAGAGGAGAAAGAAGAGAGAGAUGCACAAGAGCCCAGUGAUGCCAUCGCUCAAGUAAAACAGAAAGUGGAACAAAAACUGGAGCAGAUGGGGAAGGCGCAUGGUGUCUGCCUCCACACCGCUCAUGUUUUAUGCAUGGAUGCUGUUCUUGCUGUGGGAUUGGAGAUGGGAAGCCACAAUCCAGACUGUUGGCCUCAUGUAUUCAGAGUAUGGGAAUACAUCAGCACUCUGGAACAUGUCCAUUUCAGUGAUGGCACUUCUCAGCCACCUGUAACUAUCACCCAAGCCCAACAGGGGGCAGUGGCCCUUCAAGGUGAAGUUCAGGCUACAGACUCUCCCCAGGAACUGAUUCUAGAGCAAGAGGCAGCCCUGAGGAACAAUCCUGUCAUCCAACCAGUAUCCAUUCAAGAUCUUAUCAAAGAAGGCAGUAAGGGAAGAGCUUUUGAUUUUCGUGGAGGCAGCUUAAUGACUGGGAGCAGUGCUGCCAAGGCUAUUCUCACCCUCUCUAAUCAAGCUGACAGGCUUUUUGAAGAUGCUGUUGACAAACUGAAUCUGAUGGCUUUGGGAGGUUUCCUGUACCAGCUAAAAAAGGCCUCCCAGUCCCAACUCUUCCAGUCAGUUACAGACACACUCGAUUACUCUUUGGCCAUGCCAGGAGAAAUAAAAUCCACUCAAGAAAGAAGAAGUGCCCUUCACUUGUUCCGUCUAGGAGGAGCCAUGCUCCGAAUUGUGAGGAGUAGAAGCCGGCCUUUGCUCCAUCUUAUGCGCUGUUGGCACCUAGUGGCUCCUCACUUAGUGGAAGCUGCCUGCCAUAAAGAAACGCAUGUUUCUCGGAAGGCUGUUUCUUUUAUCCAUGACAUCCUAACAGAGGUUCUGACAGUCUGGAAUGAACCACCUCAUUUUCACUUCAACGAGGCACUUUUCCGUCCCUUUGAGCGCAUCAUGCAGCUUGAACUUUGUGAUGAGGACAUUCAGGACCAGGUAGUCACCUCUAUAGGAGAGCUGGUGGAAGUUUGCUCAACUCGAAUUCAGUCAGGCUGGAGACCAUUAUUCAGUGCUUUAGAAACCGUACGCAGCAGCAGCAGCAAGUCAGAAGUUAAAGAGUAUCUCGUUGGAGAAUAUUUGAUGGGAAAAUGUCAGGCUCCAGUGUUUGAUGUCUUCGAAGCUUUCCUAAAUACCGACAACAUCCAAGUCUUUGCAAAUGCAGCCACCAGUUACAUCAUAUGUCUUAUGAAGUUUGUCAAAGGAUUGGGGGAAGCAGACUGCAAGGAUAUUGGUGACUGUACAUCGGGAUACCCAUCUACAGAUUUGUGCCUUCCUGCUCUUGAUUAUCUCAGGAAGUGUUCCCAGCUACUUGCCAAAAUCUACAAAAUGCCCUUGAAACCUAUUUUUCUCAGUGGGAAAUUUGCUAACUUACCCCAAAGGAUCCAGGAACAAUCUGCGAGCAGCGAGGAUGGCGUUGAAUGUGUCCUUUCUGAGUUUGACGAUGACACAGGCCUUAUUAACGUCUGGAUCAUUCUGCUAGAAGAGCUAACAACUGCCAUAUCUAAUUGUCCCCGACAACACCAGCCUCCUACUCUGGAUUUGCUCUUUGAACUGCUAAGAGAUGUUACCAAAACACCAGGCCCAGGAUUUGGUAUUUAUGCAGUUGUACACCUCCUGCUCCCUACAAUGUCUCUUUGGCUUCAUCGCAGCCACAGUGAUCAUUCUUACUGGGAUGGGGCAUCCGCUAAUUUCAAACAUGCCAUUGGCCUUUCCUGCGAAUUAGUGGUGGAGCACAUUCAAAGUUUCAUACAUUCAGAUGUUGGCUAUGAAAAUAUGAUCAACACAAUGCUCAAAGAUCUUUUCAAGUUACUUGUAGCUUGUGUGGCGGAAACCACAGAGACCAUCUCUAGAGUCGGGUGCUCUUGUAUCAGAUAUGUACUUGUGACAGCUGGUCCUGUUUUUACUGAAGAAAUGUGGCGUCUGGCAUGUUGUGCCUUAGAGGAUGCUUUUUCAACUACUCUUGAACCAGUGAAGAAUCUGUUGGGCUAUUUCCACAGUGGCUCUGAAAAUCUAAGCAGUGAUGCCUGUGAGGUGAAAAUGGCAGCUCCUUCCCUCUCUCCUAGUGCCGAAGCUGAAUACUGGAGAAUAAGAGCGAUGGCCCAACAAGUGUUCAUGUUGGAUACCCAGUGCUCCCCAAAGACACCCAAUAACAAGGAAGGAUUUGAGCAUGCUCAGUCUUGUGUGCUUAUUAUUGAGCUGCCUCCUGAUAAGAAGUCCAAUGGCCAUUCGCAAAAAAGUAUCCCUUUCAGAACAAUUGUAGUGAGCCUGCUUUCCCACCAAGUGCUGCUGCAGAAUUUGUACGAUAUUUUAUUGGAAGAAUUUGUGAAAGGCCCAUCACAAGCUGAAGAAAAGGUAAUACACCAGUUGCCAGAAACCAAACUCACUGGUUUCCUCAGGUACAUCUCUAUGCAGAACUUGGCGGUCAUCUUUGAUUUACUACUGGACUCCUACCGAACAGCCAGAGAGUUUGAUACAAGGACUGGGCUGAAAUGCUUGCUCAAAAAGGUAUCCGGCAUUGGUGGGGCUGCCAACCUAUACCGCCAGUCAGCCAUGAGCUUCAAUAUCUACUUCCAUGCCCUGAUCUGUGCUAUUGUGACCAAUCAGGAAAAUAUCACUGCAGAGCAGGUGAAGAAAAUCCUUUAUGAAGAUGAUGAAAGGAGCACUGAUUCAUCCCAACAAUGCUCUUCAGAAGAUGAAGACAUUUUUGAGGAGACUGCUCAAGUCAGCCCACCAAGAGGGAAAGAGAAGAGGCAAUGGAGGGCCAGGUUGCCAUCUUUCAGUGUUCAACCUGUGAGCAAUGCAGACUGGGCUUGGCUAAUCAAAAGGCUUCACAAACUCUGCAUGGAGUUAUGUAACAACUACAUUCAGAUGCAUUUGGAUUUGGAAAAUAGUGCUGAUGAGCUCCCUGUCUUUAGAGGAGACCCUUUCUUCAUCCUUCCAUCCUUUCAAUCAGAAACAUCCACACCAUCUACAGGAGGCCUUUCCGGAAAAAACACCCCUUCCGAAGAUGAUAGAAGCCAGAUUAGGGACUCACUCACCGAAAACUUCACUCCUAAGGGAAGUACGGAUAUUCUGCUUCUUCCACCUUUGAGCCCAAAAAUGGAGAAGAAAGAGCAAGGCAGGAAAAAAGAAUGGUGGGAGAGUGCUAGCAACAAAAUUUACACCAUAGCAACAGAUAAAACCAUAUCAAAACUAAUGACGGAAUAUAAAAAAAGAAAACAACAGCAGCAUAACUUGGCUAAUUUCUCCAAGGAGAUGAAAGCUGACAAGAAAGGGGAUCCACUUGGUACAAGAGGGCCAGAUUCACCUCUCCCCCAAAGGCCACAAAAUCUGAUUGAUCAAGGCCAGAUGAGGCAUUCCUUUAGUGCAGGACCAGAGAUUCUUAGGCAAGAAAAGAGGCCACGCUCCGGGUCGACUGCCAGCUCACUCAGUAUAUCAGUCCGGGAUGGGGAGGCACAAAUACAGGCAUGGACCAACAUGGUUCUGACAGUUCUUAAUCAGAUUCAAUCCUUACCAGACCAGAUCUUCAUCGCCCUUCAACCAGCAGUAUUUCCCUGCAUCAGUCAAUUGACUUGCCAUGUGACAGAUAUUCGGGUUCGUCAGGCUCUGAGAGAAUGGCUAGGAAGAGUGGGCAGGGUUUAUGACAUCAUUGUGUAGAAGACUUUAGUUGCCUUAUCAAAGAGAGACUGAAUCUAACAUAUUUCAAGAAACAGAUAUAAAGUGCAUUUGUUGAAAACUUGUCUAUUUUAAAAAAAAAAAGGUAGAACGAUGUACAUCUGCCCGUUUGCUAGUCAGUAAUAACUAGCAGGCUCUAUCCCAUGCUGUUAAAUCUUAAGAGCAUAGUGUGGUCAUACUCAUGACCCUAGAGAAUGUAAAAUAGCAGAAUAUGAUAGUAAGAGCCUUUGUAUUAAAUUUGAAAUAGGUAUUCAGACAUGCUGAUAUUCAGACAGGCUGACAGGCUCAGUAUGUUUGAUGCUGCAUAUUUUCUAAAGAGCAAAAAAAGAAUGUCUCUUUCACAAGGUAGCAAAGAAGAUUGUGGAGCAAGGAAAAUAGCAUGGAAUGGACACAGUCAUAGAAUAGACUUCGUCAAGACUGACCAUUGAGAAUGUAAUGAUUGUGGAGAUGUCUUUAAUAUAGAUUUCUGUUACGUCUUAAAUGAGGCAUCUGAUCCUUAAGUCAUCUAAAUUUAAAACAAUAGUCAUGCCAACGAACAGAGGAGCCCAUUUAUUCUAACCUUUUUAAAAAUCUUGGCAAUGAAAACUAGGUCUCCAAACUUAGGAAGUGAUUAUAUUUCAGUGUGAUUGUAACAGGUUUUCAGACAAAAGUACUUACCAUCUUGGAGGUACUGUAGGGGCCAUGAAUUAUUUCAUAUUGCUAUAAGGUGCCUAUCCAGAAAUUGGUAGACUUGUCCAAUGCUCAGUUGAGAAAUGAAUUUAAGCCUUUUUUCUCAUUUUGAUGCAGACCCAAAACCAAAUAUAUAUUUUCUAUGUUCUGUAAAUUACUUAGUUUUUUCUGGUUCUAUAUCUUUGCUCAUCUCUUCACUGGAUGUUAACAAACACUGUAAAAUGUAUCCCAGAUUUUCUGUUUUCAGGCUUUUCAUUUUGUAUUGCCUGGCUUCCCUGUCAGGACAAAAGAAUCUGAAAAUUAGGCAUAUGAAUAGAAUAUGUAGAGUUAUCAAAUUUUUGCCCUUACAACAAAUCUGUGAAAUAGAUUAUUCUAUUUAGUGACCUUUAUAGUUUUAAGGCCAAGCAGAAAUAUAAUUCACUCAUCAUUUUUUUCUUAAGGCAAGCUGGGUGACAUCCAGAACUGAAUAUAACAAAAUGUAAUAAAAGUUACGCUAAUUAUGGGACAGAUUGAGUCACCACAUCUAUUUAUUUACUAUAUUCAUACAAGAUGUAUAAAUGCUCUCUCUCUCUGUUUUCUUUUUGAGAGUAGAGCAUAACUUUUAAGUAUUAAUUUAUAAUUUAAUAGGCUAGUUACAAUUGAGAAAAGAAUACACAAGGAAGGGAAAAUACACAAGUUUAUAUAAUGUGGCCAUUAUAUAAACUUGUAGAACAGUGUUUCUCAACCUUGACAAUUUUAAGGCAUGUGGACUUCAACUCCCAGAAUUCCACAGCCAGCAAUGCUGGCUGUGGAAUUCUGGGAGUUGAAGUCCACAUGCCUUAAAAUUGUCAAGGUUGAGAAACACUGUUGUAGAAGAAAAAAGAAGAAAAAUUCAGUAUGUAAUUUGUGGGAAGCAGAAGUGAAGCAGAAGCUGGCUGGUAUGGCUGAGAAUUGAAGCAGUACCAGGGUAGAGGUGUCAAUUAGGUGUUAAGCCCAGUAAGGGAACUUGAGACAGGCAGCUGUCACCUCAUCUUGCCUUCAUAAUAGCAUUUGCACCCUGACAACUUCUCACACUGAAAUUGACCAUGGUUGUCUUAACUCUGGAUCUCCAAACACAUAGAAUGGUCAGAGGACAUGAGGGUGUUUUCUGUCCCUCUAGUUGACCAACAGCAGAAUGACUAAAACUCCCUCCACUCAAUUCCUCUGUAAUGAUCAUACAGAAACAUAAAUUCCAAAUCCCCCUGAGAAGUUGUUCUGAUGGGAUCUAUGUGAGGUGAGCUUGAUUGGAAAAAUGCAAAUAAAGCACUAAUGUCCUCUGAUGGUUUCUCGGCCAAUUCAAACAUCAACCCUUUCAUACAUUUAGGAACUACUAUGAGUUGUACAAGUGAAAUCGCUUCUUGUUGCUGACAAUUUUUCCACCAGCUAUUUUAUUCUUUAUAGUUGUGACCGAUGCUUAUCGAUCUUAUUCUGGCUGGUGUGCAAGAGUGAAGAAAGAUAAAUUCUAAAUAUUGGAAACCUUAUGGAUCAAGAUACGAUGAGUUCAGGGGCAGGUAGCAUGGGAAGGCAUGCGAUUUUGUCAGUGAGAAAAACCAACGACCCACAAAGACUUGCAGAGACAGUGAUUAAGCUGCUUUGGAUUCAAAAGCAAGUGGGAAAAGAGCAGGCUGGUCUGGAGCUCAUGCCAGGGGAAUUCAGGACACUGGUGUGAAAAUGCCUAUAGGCAGCGUGUGAGGUGUGAAUCUCAGCUCCACCAGUAAAGGGGAGCUCACCCUUGAACUGCUGCAAAAACUGAACAAAUGGCAGCCAUGUUUCACUGCUCCAAAAAUAAUACGUACUAUGUGAUCCCACACACUUUCCUUGUGUCUUACAUGAAUAUGAUCAAAGCCUGCAUCAGCUUUCCCUCUCUUUGUUAAGUCAUUGUUGGAAUAUGCUCAGAUGAGAGCAGUUGCUCUUGUAUCUGUUAGAGGGCACUAGCAAAAUACUCUGCCUGCUCGCUGGGAUACAGUUGGGAUCAAACUUAUGAGCAGUGCUAUGCAUUGCUUGUUGUGCUAGCCUUCAUUUCCAACCAUGGUCAUUGAACUGAUUGAGUGAAGAGCCUUAAUCAGCCUGCUAUAUGAUGCCUUGUAGCUUGCUUGAACAGUAAACGGUCCUGUUUCCUUUGCUUCCCCAUUUUCUCAUUCAGUUAACAGAAGACUUUGAAUGUACACGUUGUGUCAGCUGCUGCUGAACUCUAGUGAUUGUUUAUUAUGAAUUAUGGAAUUCUUUGUCAGUGCUAUGCCCUGAGAUGAUUGUUUGAUUCUUCUGUUUGUUUGUUCUUACAAGGUUUAAAUAAUGCUGUGUUUCUCUGGUUCUUUGUGAAGAGGGAAUUGUUUUAGGGCAGGGGUAGGCAACCCAAAACACUUAAAGAGCCACUUGGACCCGUUUCCCACCAAAAACAAAACACUGGGAGCCGCAAAACCA